AUGGAGGAAACAACAGAUAUAACAGCUGUAUCACAAAAUUUUGAAAAUAAAUCUAUGCCAGAAGAUAUUAGUAAAUCUUGUAAUGAUCAUCCUAGGCAAUCAAAACUCAGCUCGUAUCCAUCAAACUUCCAAAACCGUUCUUUUCAAUCAAGUUGGUUCGUGAAUAGAAAUUGGUUAGAAUAUUCUGUGAAAAAUGAUCGUAUUUAUUGUUUCAAUUGUCGACAUUUUCGCUCAUAUAAAACAAAUAUUGGUGAUGCUUUUACUACUUGUGGUUAUAAUAAUUGGAAACGUGCAUUAGAAAGUGGAAGUGGUUUGCAUAAACACGAACAAUCUCAAGCACAUGUUAUUACUACUAAAAACCUUGAAUCAUUUAAAUUACGUCAACAAUUACAAUUAAGUGUUAUAAAUUCAUUAGAUAAUAGCAGAAGCAUAUUGGUGCGACGUAAUCGUGAUCGUUUAAUCAAAAUUUCUUCAACACUACUUUUAUUAGCUAAACAAAUGAUUGCUUUUUGA